AUUGAAUUCUUAACCAAAAACAGUCAGAAAACCCCUUAUCCCCAUGUCUUUACUCUCUGUUGUUUUUCAAGUUUAGAAUCUGUGUUGAAUCUCCUUAAAUCUGUUGCCGGCCUCCUCUUGUCUCUCAUUUUUUAUGUGUGUGUCUACCACCACCACCUCUGGCCACCAGCAACCACCACUCACCGGCUACAACCACCUUCAACCACCACCACAACCCCUGAUCAGCUAUGGGAUUACUGGGUUUUUCUUUGAUGCUUCUUUCUAUGCUUCAAAUUGUUGCUUCGCAGCAAGUUACUGACCCCAAUGAAGUGGAAGCACUAAACAAGAUAAUUAGUCACUGGAAUUUGGGAACAAAGUUGAAUAUCAGUGGUGUUGAUCCCUGCACCCAGAAUGCAACCUGGGCUCCUGAUUCUGCCAAUCCCCAAAUUGCCUGCCACUGCGCUGGCACUACCUGCCAUGUCACCAGAUUGUCAGUUCCUCCCUCAUCAUUUUCUUUGUACUUCCUAUAUACGUGGUGGUGUACACGGUUUGGUUCGAUUUGA